AUGGACACCAACGAGAUCCCCCGCAAGCUCUGGGAGCACCCGGACCCCAAGAGCACGCAAAUGUACCAAUUCCUGCAAUCAGUCAAUUCCAAGUUCAACCUCCAGCUCAAGACCUUCAACGACCUCCACAACUGGACCGUCGCUAACCGCGCCACAUUUUACGGCCAUCUCUUCAGCUACGCCAAUCUGGUCCACGAGGGGCGUCCAACGUCGGUCGUGGACGAAUCUCUCCCGAUAGACGCCAUCCCCAAGUGGUUCCCCGGCGUGCGCCUCAAUUGGGCCGAGAACCUUCUCUUCACGCGAGGCUCGUCCGAUGCGGUUGACCAUCACGGCACGGAGGGUAAAGAGGAAGACAAAGUCGCCGUCACGGAGAUUCGGGAAGGCAACCGCGGUGAUGUGCGCCAUCUAACCUGGGGCCAGCUGCGUCGUGACGCGGGUCAUCUGGCAGCAGCCAUGAAGGCGAGGGGCGUCAAGGAGGGAGACCGCAUCGUCCUCGUCGGUGCCAACUCCAUCGAGACGCUGCUGGUGUUCGCGGCAACCACGUGGUUGGGCGGCAUCUUUAGCAGUUCGUCCACGGACAUGGGCGUAAAGGGCAUCCUGCAACGAACCACGCAGGUCGAUCCCAAGUUCAUCUUCUUUGACGACGCCGCGGUGUACAACGGCAAGACGGUCGACCUUCGAAAAAAGAUAGCCGAGGUGGCCUCCGGCAUGGGCUCGUGCCCCUCCUUCUCCGGUCUCGUCUCCAUCCCACGCUUCUCCAAGCCCUACGAUGUCUCCUCGAUUCCCAAGACCGAAACUUGGUCAAAGUUCCUUAGCGCCUCGUCCUCAGCAGCGCCCUCCUUCACGCGUAUCCCCUUCCACGCACCGUUCCUCAUCUACUACUCCUCUGGCACCACGGGUAUCCCCAAGGCAAUCGUGCAUACCGUCGGCGGCGUCAUGCUCAACAGUUUCAAGGAAGGCCGUCUGCACGAGUCAAUGUCUCCCGAGGCUGUUACCCUUCAGUACACCACCACCGGCUGGAUCAUGUACCUCUCUAAUGUCGCCGCACUGUUAUCGGGAGCCCGCGUCGUCAUGUAUGAUGGCUCGCCUUUCGUUCCCGAUCUCAAGUCAUUCAUCCGCAUCCUCGGCGAGCAGCGUGUGACGAAACUGGGCAUCAGCCCAAGGUGGAUGUUUGAGGUCGCCAAGAACAAGAUCAGCCCACGCGAGGUGACGGAUCUCAGUUCGCUCAAGAUUGUGACCAGCACAGGCAUGGUCCUCUCUGAUCAGCUUUUCGAAUGGUUCUACGACGCAGGCUUCCCGAGCCAUGUCCACCUUGCCAAUCUUUCCGGUGGCACUGACAUUGCCGGCUGCUUUGGUAUGGAGAAUCCCCUGGACCCCGUGUACGUGGGAGGCACUCAGGGCCCAUCCCUUGGCGUUCCCAUCGCAAUCUACGACGCACAACUGCCCGACGGAGCUGGUGAGACCGUACCAAACGGCAUACCCGGUGAACUCGUCGCCACUGCCGCUUUCCCCAACAUCCCAUGCUUCCUCUGGGGCGACUCGGCGCCCCCAAAACUGUCAUUGAACUCACCCAAUUUCGCCUCUGCCGCCCCAGGGUCCAAGUACCACUCGGCAUACUUCGCACGCUUUGAUAAUGUCUGGGCACACGGCGACUUCUGCUCUAUCCACCCAAAGACGGGAAAUAUUGCCUUCCUAGGACGUGCUGAUGGCGUGCUGAACCCUAGUGGCGUUCGCUUUGGUAGUGCCGAGAUCUACGCCGUCAUUGAGCGCAACUUUUCAAACAAGGUCGUCGACAGCCUGUGUGUUGGACAGAGGCGUCCUACUGAUGAGGACGAGAGCGUCAUUCUGUUCCUGAUGAUGCGCGAGGGUGAAAAGUUUGACCGCCAGCUGGUGGCCGAGGUCAAGGACAAGAUUCAAAGAGAGUUGACAAAGAGGCAUGUGCCUAAGUACAUCUUCUCAACGCCCGAGAUACCGACGACUGUCAACCUUAAAAAAGUCGAGCUUCCGGUGAAGCAGAUUGUCUCGGGCCGGACCAUCAAACCAAGCGGCACGCUUCUCAACCCGCAAAGUCUAGAUUUUUAUUACCAGUUCGCCAAGGUCGAGGAGCUGCUCGCCGGUAAGGAGAAGUUGUAA